AUGGCUGGCAUCCUACCACCGUUUGCAAGAAGAUCUUUGGAACGUCGUGUUUGGAGACAUAACCAAGCUCCUCUCUGUGGAUGCCUAUGCGGGUGGUUACGUAUAUGCAUUGGCCACAAGUUCAAGUCAGAAGCAGGAGAGGUAAACCGCUUGCAAACAUGCGAAAACUUCCUUCUAUGGACGCAUGGCACUGUUGUCCUAAGUCGCCUAGUCAGCAAUAUUGUCCACAGAUCCUAA